AUGAAUAAUUUUAAUGUGAGUCUGAUUUUAAACACGUGUUUAAAAUUAGAUCGUGGUUUUCGUCAUAUACAGCUAUGUACUUUAAGGACUGGCAGUAAGAUUGAACAUCAAAGUCUCUUUGGUUAUGUCCGUAAUUGCUCUCGAUUAUUUAAUACAGCGCAAAUACUAGGGCAGGCACAGAAAGAUGGCAUUACAGUACUUCCAUCGCCGCAAGAGGUGACUGUUAUCCUCCGUAAAAAUGAGUACAAUAAAGAAUUUUCAUGUGGGUCUGUUAAAUCAUAUGAUUCAAAUCAGUUAGCCUCUAAUGAUCCUAUUGAAGACACAAGAAGUGAGGCUCUGUGCAAGUUGACACCAGGUAUUCUAAUGGGUGUAUAUGAUGGACACGGUGGCCCGGCAUGUGCUCAAGUUAUAUCAAAGCGGUUAUUAAAGUAUAUAGCGGCAGCCUUGCUUCCAAUGGACUCGUUAAACAAGUUUAUAAAGGAGCCUGAAGAGAGUUUAAUAGAAAUUUUUAAUGAUAGGGUAGAAUUAAUAGAAGAUCUAAAAACGGUAUAUGAUAAUAGUUUUAAACAGUAUUUGCUAGAGUUAGCAAAAACACCAAGGGAAGAAUCUGAUGUGAAAGCAUCACUGGAGAAAGGAAUCUUGCAUUUAGAUAACGAUUUGUCCAGAGAAGUCGUUGAGCCAUUCAAAAACAAUGGAGUUAUAAAUCCAAAGACACUCUCUGUUGCGUUGUCAGGAGCAGUUGUGUGCGUAUCUUAUAUCGAUGGACCACAUUUGUAUGUCGCAAAUAUUGGAGAUUGUAAUGCUGUGUUAGGUACCAAGACAGAUGAGAAUGAAUGGAUAGCAAAGAAAAUUACAAAAGAGCAUAAUUCUGAGAACUAUGAUGAACUGAAACGAAUAUGGAAUGAACAUCCUGACAGCGAGAGGAAAACGGUUAUAAGAAGGGACAGGCUUCUAGGAGAAUUAGCACCGCUUAGAAGUAUGGGCGAUUACCGAUAUAAAUGGUCUACCGAUAUUUUAUCUAAAGUCGCAGUACCAUUGAUCGGCGAAAAAGCAAUACCUGCAAAUUAUCACACCCCUCCCUACCUCACCGCGAAACCUGAUAUUUAUUAUCAUAGACUUACACCAAAGGAUAAAUUUUUAAUUAUUGCUUCUGAUGGUAUAUGGGAUAUGCUCACUCCAGUCCAAGCGGUUAAGUUGGUUGGAGAACAUAUGAAGGGAAAAGUUUUCUUCAAUCCACUCAAACUUCCCAAGAAAAACAUACAACUCAGUGAUAUCAAUGAACUUCUGCUUCACAGGAAGGAGAGUUUAAAGAGUAAACCGAAAGACAGAAAUGCAGCAACACAUUUAAUUCGGAAUGCUAUCGGCGGCACAGAGUAUGGCGUGGACCAUUCUAGAUUGGCGCAUUUGCUGAGCUUGUCUCCUGAUGUCUGCCGGAUGUUCAGAGAUGACAUGACUGUAACUAUUGUUUAUUUCGACUCGGAAUUUCUGAGACAGUGUCCGGCAUAA